ACUCACAUUGGAAGAGACAGAGCAUACAUGGACAGAUAUAGCAGUAUCACUCUGAACUACUUGCCAUCAACAUGGAAGCCUCUCAGUCCAUUGUUUUGAGACUGAUCUAGGAAUAUCAUCUGUCUCAACCCUGGGUGAGGAGGGACUCCUGCUUGUCCGGACUCUCGACACCGCUAUCACCAUUUUCAUCUUCUUCAUAAUCUUCAUCGCCAUCGCCUUCAUCAUCAUCGUUGUCUGCGUAGUGGUUUUCCUCUUCUUUGCGAUCAGAACAAGUGACUAUGGCCAACUAAUCUAUUUGUGGACAAUGGAGCGCUCACCCGUAUCUGAAAGAAUACUGUGAGCACUAUACAGUGGACAGCAGACAUCAGAAGACACUGGAUACUCAAUGCUUAUGUGCUCUGUCUGUGCUUAUUUGAUUUUGAUCUCCUCCUUUUCAAGACUGCUCCUGUGAGACCUCCGCCACUACUAUUGCUAUCAACACUCUAUUCUCCCUCUCAUCUUCACCCACUUUAGCAAAAUCUGUCACACACACACACACUGUUGCAUCAAUCCUUCAUCUGUUCGCCACCCACUUUAGUGAACCCCAUCCCACAAACAGACACACUACACACACACGCACACACACACACACACACUUCACCGUUGCCAUGGCGAGCACGGGGCUGCAGGUGCUGGGCCUGCUCCUGUCCGUGGCCGGCUGGGUGGGCGCGGCCCUGGUCACCGCGGCGCCCUUCUGGCGCGUGUCGGCGUUCGUGGGCGGGGAGCUGGUAGUAGCCGAAGCACAGUGGGAGGGGCUCUGGAUGAGCUGCCUGGCCCGGCCCGGAUCAGGGCACACCCAGUGCAAGACCUACGACUCAGGGUUAGCACUUCCCCCAGGAACACAGCUGCGCAGGGGACUGGCCAUCUUGGCUCUGUUACUAGGUGUCCUGGGCAUCGGCCUCGCUGUACUAGGCCUGAAGUGUACCCGCUGCCUGUCAGCCGCCCCGGCGAGCCACAAGGCGAGGUUGGCGCGGGCCGGAGGCUUGGCGUUUGUGGCGGCCGCGGUGGCGUUCCUGGUGCCCGUGUGCUGGACGGCCUACGUGGUCAUCAGGGACUUCUACGAUCCGGCUGUGGCCCCGCCCCUGAAGAGGGAGCUUGGCCCCGCCCUCUACCUGGGAUGGGGCAUGGCCUUGCUGAUGCUGGUGGGAGGGACCUUGCUGAACGCCGGGUCUGUGUCGCCGUCUUCGGGGUCGGUGCCUGUUCCCGUGACGACGGUGAAGAAGAGCAACCCUCCGCCUGCAGCCACACCGGCGGAAGACAAGAAAGCAUACGUCUGAAGAGGGUGGGCGCAAAUGAGAGGGAGGGCGAGGGGGCAUCUCAAGGACUUACAUUGCGUGGACUUUUACAUUUUUUCUUGAUUACUUCCAUUCAGCAGUCCACAUGUUUUUGAACAAUUAACACACCAGUCUAUCCAUUAACACUUAUUGUCCAAAUGAAACAGUUUGUGUGUGAAAGGCUCUAACUCUGCUGCAACAUACAGUUCCUGUCACAUAGUAUGCCUUGCCUGGGAUGGGUCUGUGUCUGUGUUUGGGGCCCGUGCCUGUGCCUGUAACCAUGGUGAAGAAUAGCAACGUACAGCCUGUGCCCACACCAGCAGAGGACAAGAAGGAGUAUGCCUGGAGAGGCAAAUGGCUUGGGGGUGGGGCAUUUUUUUCACAGUUUUCUCGAUUACUUUGAGGCAGCAGUCCACAAUUUGUUCUAAUACAGAAUUUAACACAGCAGUCUAACGAGUGACACUUAUCGGGGUAAGACUGGGUAGUCUGAUGAGGGUGGGGGACAAAUGAGAGGGAGGGGGAAUACGAGGGGCAGUUUGUCUUAAUCAAUGUGACGCAGAAGACCACAAGGUUUUAACAGGUAACGCAACAGAAUUACCAGUGAUUUGAAUUGUUCAUUUUGGCUAUGGUGGUGCAACACAGGUUGAGGGCCUGAAAGCAUCUGUCUGAGGAGGU